GUUUUUCGACGAAAUUUCGGUGAUUUUCGUUGAGUUUAAGUUUGGAAACGAACUGAUCGAGAUUGAACUGUUUAAUUUAAUGGCAUGCAAUCGCACCAAUAAAUGUUCAGUUCUGGAGCUUCUCGUUAUUUAAUGUAAAAGAUGCUAAUUAAGUUUAUGAGAAGUCUAGGCGAAAUUUCGGUGAUUUUAGUUGAGUUUUGGCUUAGAAAUUGGAAAUGAGAGAGUUAUCUGAAAUUUCAAUGGAUUUCGUUUGGUUAAGUUGUGGAAUUUGGAAUGCCCAGACUUCAAUUAUCUAGUAUUCAAUUUUUUUAAAAUAAUAUAUUUUGUUGUGAACAAUAUUUUAUAAAUAUUAUAAUUUUUUAAUACUGAAGAUCUUAGUUCACAGGAUGGCGACUACUACUGAACAAGAUUUAGUUCACAUUAUUAUUCAAUAUCAUUCUUAAAAUAUUUGACCCUCUCUCUAGAUGGGUUGUUUUCGCCUUGGAUUCUCUCUCUGUAGAUGGGUUAUUUAGCUGUUGAUUAAACUGCCGAUAAAUUCUGCAAUCGACGGUUGAUAUUGGGUUUCAUUGCUGUCAAAAUGCAAAUUUCCUCUGCACUUAGUGGCUGAUGAAUGGCUAAGAAUUUGUUGUUUAUCCCCGAAUAACUGGGGAAUCCGCCAUUUUUCCGGAGAAACAAAAUUGUCUUGUACUUGAUGAUACCUUAGUAAAAGAAAAUGAAAAAUAAAAUAAAGAAAUGGUGAUUAUGAGAGCUACCUCUGAAUUAAACUAUUCGUAGUGCACAUUAUCAUAUGAAAGUGUAAUCAAUUGUAUUUAAACUCAAGUGGGUGUCUCUGUUUUUUGUGGGUUUCAAUUGGGGUGGUGGAGAAUUGGUGUUAAAUUCUCUCCUUUUGCCCAUUUGCUGGCUCUCCAAAUUUUUCUUCUCGUUUUUGUACUCCUUUUCUUUGAAUAACUGAGAAAAGCAUUUGAUUCAAAGGCAAUGGAGACUUUAGGGGAGGUUGGUUUGGUGCUUGAAGAAGAAGAAUCAGAGUCAUUGAUUCGAAAAUCGAGGGUUCGAGCUACUUCAAAUGGUUUGGAUGCUAAUGGUGAGAAUGGUUCAAUUGAUAUUGAUGGGGAUAAAGCUCAAGGAGAUUCAGCGGAGCAUAACGGAGACACUCUUGGAGUUUCAGUUGAAGUUAAUGGAGAUGUUCAUGGAGGAGCUGGUUCUGAACCAACUGUUUAUGAACCGAUUGUUUACUUGGAUAACACUGAACGCAUGUGGAAGUGUCGACUUUGCAUAUGGACACAUCAAUUGGAAAUUCCUGCUGUAGAUCAUAGACACAAUAACAAAGGGUGCUUCCUGGGGUGGAAGAAUUCAAAAGCAUUACUUGACCAAAGAUUAUGUUUCAGUUCACAAGUUAAAGAAGGUGCUCCAGUGACUAAUGAAUUUAUUGAAACAAAACCUGGAAAUUUAGAAUCCUCUACCAAUACAAAAUUGAAAGAAUUGGCUGAUGCAAAUGAUACUCUUGGCGGUGACAGUUGGAAAGCAAAUGGAUCAGAUUCCCCGGGUACUUUGGCCUCUGCCGAGUAUAGGAAAGAAGGAUUAACAGAAGUUCAGAAUGGUACACUACAUACAUAUAUUGCUGGAGUUCUAGGGAGUGAAGAAAUGGAUUUGGAGAGGGUAUUAAAGGAGCAGGAGACGCAUGAUUUAUUUUGUCCAAACUGUAAGUCUUGUAUAACCAGAAGAGUUGUCCUUCGUAAAAGGAAGCGUUAUGUUCCUCUUGCAAAUGACAUACAGCAACAAAGAAAGAAACAAGAAACUGAUUUUACUGAGGCUAGUACUGAGAGUAGAGAGCAUGAGGAUGUGCAAACAGAGGCAUUCAGAUGUUUAUCUUGUUUAUGCAUUUUCAUUCGUACAGCAACGGGUCUCGAGUUUUUCUCUCGAUUAUUUCAUGCUGGAAAUGAGAAUACAAGAUUGCAAAGUCCAUCACAAAUACAACAGAGAGAUCAUGCUAGUGCUGAAAACGAUAACUCACAUUGUUUCUCCUUCUUGGGUAAAUGGCGGCAGGACGGAAUGACUGGAACUGUGUCAGGUAAACAUGGAACUCCAGCAGUUGUAAAAACAAAGGAACCAGAUGUGGGGAUUCAGGCCAUGCCUACGGAUAGUGCCUCAUACAAGAUGGGAACUUCUUGUCGGGAUGUUCAGGCUAAUUUAGACAGAAAUUUUGAACAUGCUCCUCCACAAAUUGCACAAGAAACAGAUGGACUCUCUUAUCACAAGUCUAGAGGUGAAGACGUAAAAUCUACUGUAGAAGCAUCCUUUGAGAAAGAAGAAAUCCACGAGUCAAGUAUGACAAAAAAAUCCUUUGAGAAAGAAGAAAUCUAUGACUCAAGUUUAUUGAGUCUGACCAAUGGGGAGCAUAGGGAACCACUUUUAAGAGAAACAAUACCACACACAAAAUCUCCAACUGAAUCUCCAUUUUCAGAAGCUCCAAAUGUUAGUUGGAGCAACACAAGUCACCAUCCUCAUAAAGCGGAAACAGAAUCCAAUAAUCGGAAGGAAAAUGAGGAGGCUAAUGCCACUAAUAGAGAAAUGUCAAGUUCAACGCCUGUCAAGGGUAACUCUACUUCAAAUGCUGAACUAGCAACUAGAAGUCAAGUCCAAAAGGGAAUGUCUCAUACGACUGAUCCAAAUCUCAAGGACAAAGGCUUCAAAGAUACAUUUUACAAUUGCUUUCCUUACUCUUUUCCUUUGUUUUGGUCGGCUGGGCAUGCUGAAAGAACAGGAGAGCUGGAGAAACCACUUCUUAUAGGAAAGACAGUAAAUUUAAAAUCCCAAUCUCAAUCCCAACUAGUUUUAGAAAGUCCAGAUGUCAUUGAGACCAGUACAAGCCAUCUUCUUGAAGUUGAAGAACAUAGAUUGGAGAUAACUCCAUCACCUGGAAGCCAAUUGAUAGCCUCUGGCGUAGGUAUCCACAUUCAAGGUCAGAAAAUUCAACCUGCCAAACCAAGAGAAGAGCCAAGUGUGUCAGUUCCAGGACAAUUAAAAGGUUCAGUUCUACAAACUACAGUAGGAGUUGGCACCCACAACUUACCACAAGGGACUAGUUAUCAUGAAUGGGAAAUCUUGAAAAGCAUUGUAUAUGGAGGGUUAGCUGAAUCAAUUACCAGCCUUGCUAUUAUUUCUUCUGCAGCUGGUGGUGAUGCAAGUACAUUGACAAUUGUGGCUAUGGGGUUCGCAAAUUUAAUUACUGGUCUGUUCAUAAUGGCUAAUGAUCUUGUUGAGUUACGCAAAACUCCAAGUAAAUUUGCUGAGACAGUUGGCCAUCCAGAGAGGUUUGGGUUCCAUGUAUUUAUAACAUUUCUAUCAUACAUUGUGUUCGGGUUGGUGGCUCCCAUCACAUAUGGCUUCUCCUUUAGAGAGAGCGAUGACAAAGACAAAAAGCUUAUUGCGAUGUCAGCCGCCUCUCUCCUCUGCAUAAUUUUGCUUGCCAUGGCAAAGGCAAAGGUCACCUCAAAGUCUUAUAUCAAGACAACUUUGCAGUAUGUUGCCAUAGGAGUGGGAGCUUCAGGUCUCUCCUAUGUGACUGGAAAGUAUGUUAGGAAACUCUUGGAGAAGUUGGGCUGGAUUACUGACUCUAAUAGUCCUAGCUCUCUCUAUGGAAUAGUUGGAAAGGGCUCUUCUUUUUCUAGGAUGCUUGGCAGGAAAGCUUCUAGAGAUGCUUAUUUGUAUUACUAAGACUAGUAGCCGUAGUUCCUCUCCCUAGAAUGAUCUCCAGGGAAGAGCUCUCCUCCCUCUAGAAUACUUGGAAGUGAUGGGAAACAUGGAUAACUUAAAGAGAUGCGGGCAGUUGUGUUUGAGAGCUCAUACUCCUGGUUCGGAACCAUUUUUUAGAUCUCAAAGUCAGAUGAAAUAAAUGGAUAAACUGAAUUCAGUGUAGAGUUGUUUUUGUUUUUACUUUUUCUGAGAGCUAUCCUUUGUGUGCUUGAGUUUUAAGGGACAAGUGGGGUAUUAUAUUAUUGUAUUUCUUUUGUAUCAAGGAAAGAGAGCUUCCAACUUUUU